AUGGAUGUCUCACUCACACAACGCAUGAGAUCUACCCUUGCAGCAGUUUACUACAACAACGGAAAACCAAUUUUGUUUCGCAUUAACGAUGAUGAAACGUUCGAUGGUCUGAAACAACAACUGAACGAACUGAAUCGUACCACCAACAACCGAAACGACAACAGAACAGUUUCAAGUCUCAAGUACCGUAAGCCGUCGAUCGGUUCCGACGGAUGCAUUACCUUCACCGAUAUGAUGCUUGAAAACAACGAUGAUAUUCAAACUAUUUUCUCAAUUUUCGAGCAGUAUAGCAACAGGGGGCCUAUCGAAUUAGAUGCAACACUAAUAAGAUCUGUCGAAGCCAUCCUUGCUAGCCUUGUUCGUCCGGAAGAUCCAAAUCAUGUUUCCAUUUGA